AUGGCAGAAUUUCCUCCAGCCAGUCUUCAGCCACUUAUCCAGGAAGUUUUCGAUCUCCUGAAAGCCCGGAAUGAAACUAUCUCCGUUGCUGAAACAGCUGCAGGCGGUCUCAUUUCCGCUUGUCUCCUCUCGGCACCAGGAGCAUCAGCCAUCUACAAAGGCGGGCUCACUGUCUACACCCUAGACUCUCGCAUUGCGUUUGCGGGCUGGACACCAGAAAACAUGAGAAACUACAGCGGGCCAACGGCUGAGAUUGUUGCCAAUAUGGCCGACCAUACCCGACGCACGUUGGGCUCGACUUAUGCAGUCAGCGAGAGUGGUACUGCUGGACCAACGGGGGGAACGACAAGGAAUCGGACCCCUGGUUAUGUAGCGGUGGCUGUAUCGAGUGCCAAGGGGCAAGUUACGCGAGAGGUUGAGACGGGCAGUAAUGAUCGUGCAGAGAAUAUGGUUGCGUUUGCCCGGGAAACUUUGGUCCUAUUGAGAGAUGUACUUUCCCAAGUUGAGUCUCCAUCUCUGUAA